AUGGCGGAGCAGGUGGAGCCUGGUGGGCAGGCGAAGGGGAAGUCCUCGAGGAUGGAUGGAGAAUCAGUUUCUUCACCGAUUGAAUUUGGAGCUAAUGGUGUUGAUUCAUCCAGAUCUGGUAAGAGAAGUCGUGGAAUUAAUGGACCGAAUUUGGAUGCUGAACGUGAUACGGCUGCUCUGCACCUGGAGCCUAAUGUGAGUUUCAAAGACAAGCUUAUGAAAUCAUCUCGGCGACUUGUCUCGGUUGCUAUAUCUGAUUUUGAUUUUGAUCCUGAUCUCGUUGACGGGGACGUGUCAUUCUCUCGUGAGGUGAAAGGGCCUAUCGUUACAUUCUCUGAAAAAGCUGUGACGAAAUUUGGUAAGGAUUGGCAUGAUGCUCUGGUCAUCAAACUUCUUGGGCGAUCGCACACUUAUAAUUUUUUGUUGAACAGGCUGAGGCAAAAAUGGCAAUUAAAAGGAGGUAUGCAGCUUAUUGACAUUGAUCAUGAUUUUUAUAUUGUUAAAUUUGAUUUGGAAGAGGAUAAGGAGUUUGUUUUAACUGGUGGACCUUGGAUAAUUGCGGGUCAGUAUUUGACAAUUCAAAAAUGGAGACCAGGAUUUGUACCUGCAACUGAGGUUAUGACUCGUAUGGCUGUAUGGGUCAGGAUAAUGGGUGUUCCAAUUGAGUAUUUUAAUGUUUGGGCUAUGAGGAAGAUAGGUAGUGUGCUGGGAAAACUGUUGAAGAUUGAUGUAAACACUAAUUCUCAAUACAGGGGAAAAUUUGCUAGAAUUUGUGUUGAGAUUGAUGUGACUAAGCCUCUUGAAGCGUUUAUUCAAAUUAAUGAUAGAUGGUACAAUUUGGAGUAUGAGGGUAUGCCAGAAAUUUGUUUUGGAUGUGGUCGUUAUGGGCAUAAGAGGGAGAGCUGUACUUGGAGCGUUGAUCCUAUGGCGGAAAAGGUUGAUGGUGGUGAAAAUGAGAGUAAUAUGAUGAAUAUGGAUGAGCCUAUAGUAAAGGCUGCUCAAAGUAGCGAUGAUGUUUCUUCUAUUCAUGGUAAUUGGAUGCAAGUUAACCCUAGAGGUAGACCUCGGAAAAUAAAUAAUGGACAGAGAGGUGUUGAUGGUGCUUUUAAUGGGCAGGGGUCAAGGUUCAGUGUGCUCAAUGGGGAAGAUAAAAGUCUGAAUGAGGGAAAUGUGGGAAGUGGCACAAAUGGUGAGAAGGGUGAAGGUUCUAUUGAAAGGAAAAUUUGGGGGGUUAGGAAGAAGAAGGAAGCUAGUGAUCGGGAUGCACUUGCUGAUAUAUCUAACUGUGGUGGAAAGCCAUCUACGCAUAAUUUGGGGCAACUAAGACAACCUUUAGUGAGAAGGUCAAGUUCUAGUUCGAUUAGUAAUGUUGAGGAUCAGCCGUUCAAAUUUAAUGUUAAUGCCUUCAAGACUGAUAUGUACUAUGGUUCAAAUAUGUCGAAGGGAACCUAUAUUUUUGGUCACCAACCAUCUAAUGCUAGUGGUAGCGAUGUUGAGUUAGCUGCGUGUGAUCUGGAUCCAGGUGAAGAGAUGAUGAAUACUGAUCAUACUAUUCCAGUAUGGAACUCUAGAGGUGCUGGUUGCACCAAGUUUAAAGAUAAUGUUGCAGAAUUAAUUAACAUUCACCAAAUGGAGAUUUUGGUUAUUUGUGAGCCCAGGAUUAGUGGUCAGAAAGCUAUUUCAGUUGUGAAAUCUCUUGGUUUUCCGUGCUUUGAGAUUGUGGAUGCUGUUGGCUUCUCUGGUGGUUUGUGGAUGUUGUGGAAGGAUUCUAGAUUAAAGGUGGAAGUUAUCGGUACCACUGACCAAGCUAUUUCUGUUGUUGUGGAUGGUGUUGGUCAGAACCAUUGGAUUUUCACCGCUGUCUAUGCUAGCCCUUGUGUUACUAAAAGAGAAAGAUUGUGGGAUUAUUUAGAUUUUGUAGCUGAUUGUCAUCAAUUGCCUUGGUUAAUUGCUGGGGAUUUCAAUGACAUGUUGUGUGUGGAUGAUAAACUUGGUGGUGCUCCAUUAUGCAGAUUAAAAGGCUUCAAAUCCUGGGUGGAUAGGAAUUAUAUGAUUGAUUUGGGUUUUAUUGGUCCUAAAUUUACUUGGACUAAUAAAAAAGUGUUAGAAAGAAUUGAUCGUGGGAUUUGUAAUAUGAGUUGGAGGAGCCUUUUCCCUGAAGCUUAUGUUCACCAUCUCCCGCGAACCAAGUCAGAUCACUGCCCUAUUAAGAUAUGCUUAAAUUCUCAUAAGUCAUUUUCUCCCAAUCAUCGUCCUUUUCGUUUUGAAGCUAUGUGGUUGAGGCAUGAAAAUUUUAAGGAGUUUGUUGAUGGUUAUUGGAGUAAUGGUGGAGGUUCGGUUGUUGAUAAAACUUGUGCUCUUGUUGAACCGCUUAAGAAGUGGAAUAUUCAAGUCUUUGGUCAUCUCAAACAGAGAAAGCGCAAACUUCUAGCAAGAAUUGAUGGGAUUCAAAAAGCUUUGUGUCGUGGGCCUAAUAAAUUUCUUUCUAAAUUGGAGGAUGAGUUGAUUUCUGAUUAUAAUGAAGUUCUAAAUGAGAAGGCUAUAUUUUGGCAUCAAAAGUCUCGGUUGAGGUGGCUUCAAGAAGGUGAUCGUAAUACAAAAAUUUUUCAUCUCACUACUAUUGUAAGGAGGAGAAGAAAUAGAAUUGAGGGCCUCAUUAACAAUCAAGGUGCUUGGAUAUCGGAGUCUUCUGAUAUGAAAAAGUUGGCAGUUGAGUACUUUCAAACUAUUUUUUCGCAUGGGCAAAAGUCUAAGCAAAUGGAAUGUCUUCCUAAUCUUUUUCCUGAUAUUAAUGUUGCUGUUCGUGAAGCUCUUACUAAAGAUAUUGAUAUGGUUGAAGUCAAGGAAAGCCUCUUUAAUAUUGGAGGCCUUAAAGCUCCACGUAUUGAUGGGUUUCCUGCUUGCUUUUAUCAAAGUCAGUGGAAUAUAUGUGCUAAUGAUAUCUUUGAUAUGGUAUGGAAUGCUUUUCACUCAAGGAGAUUGCCUGCUGGGUUAAACAGUACGCUGAUUACAUUGGUCCCUAAAAUUGAUAAUCCUCAAAAGAUGUUGAAUUUUAGGCCUAUUAGUCUCUGUUGCACUCUUUAUAAAGUGAUCUCUAAAAUCAUUGUUGCUAGAAUCAGACCUCUCUUGCCUCAUCUAAUUAGUCCUAAUCAGGCUAGUUUUGUUCCUAGUAGACAAAUUUCUGACAAUGUCCUCAUUGCUCAAGAAAUUCUUCACAAGUUCAGAAUGUCAAAAGGCCAAAAAGGAUUUUUAGCCUGGAAAAUUGAUCUCUCUAAGGCGUAUGACAGACUUAAUUGGAAGUUUAUUGAGUAUGUGCUGAAUGAGGUUGGGUUGCCUUCGAAUUUGAUUCAACUUAUGAUGGAAUGUGUAUCCACAGUUAGGUACCAAAUUUGUUUCAAUGGUGAAUUAACAGAUGGUUUUAUUCCUCAAAACGGUAUUCGGCAAGGGGAUCUUUUGUCCCCUUAUUUGUUUGUUCUAUGUAUUGAGAAACUCUCCCAUUUAAUUUCUGCAACUGUGAACAAAGGAAGGUGGAAACCUGUUAAGGCUUCUCAAUCUGGACCUAGGGUAUCUCAUCUCUUUUUCGCUGAUGAUUUAAUGUUGUUUUCUGAAGCUACUCCUAAGCAAGCAAGAGUAAUGAAGAGGUACCUUGAACAAUUUUGCAAAGCUUCUGGUCAAGCUGUUAACUUUGAAAAAUCUGUUCUUUAUUGUUUUCCAAACACGUCCAGGGCUUGUCUUAAGAGUAUUAGUACAAUUUGUGGGUCUCCUGUCUUUGAGAGUCUUGGGAAUUAUUUAGGAAUGCCUCUAAUUCAGACUAGAGUUUCAAAGGCUACUUAUUCGGGCGUUAUUGAUAAAGUUCAGAAGAGGUUGGCAACUUGGAAGAGCAAGGUAUUGUCCAUGGCUGGAAGAAUUACCUUAAUUCAAGCUGUUACCUCGUCCAUACCAGUUUAUGCCAUGCAAACGACCAAGCUUCCGGCCAGUGUGUGUGAAGAGUUAGACAAGGUGAAUAGGGAUUUUUUGUGGGGGGAUACCGAUCAAAAGAAAAAAGUCCAUUUGUGCCAAUGGAGUAUGGUUUGCAAACCUAAAAGUAAGGGUGGUUUGGGGAUUAAGAGAGCUUGUGUAAUGAAUCAGGCUCUUUUAGCUAAGUUAGGGUGGAGGAUUCAUGCUAAGGACUCUGGUCUUUGGUCUCAAAUUUAUCAGGCUAAGUAUUUGAAAGGCUAUUCUAUUUUAGACCCCAAAAUUCAUGAAAGAACUGAGUGUUCUUAUUCUUGGAAAGGAAUUUUGUAUGGAGUUAAUCUUCUUAAAAAGGGCAUGACUUGGAGAAUUGGCAAUGGUGAGAGUGUGAAAUUUUGGAAGGAUUCAUGGGUCUUAAAUGUCCCUUUAAUGGAAACUAUUGAUGUUGCUAACAUCUCCAAUAUUGAUUGUGUUGUCUCUGAAUUUUUAAGAAAUGGUUGGUGGGAUAUUGAUAAGCUCAGAGAUGUGUUGCCAGAGGAUAUGGUUCAAAAAAUUAUAUGUCGGCCUGCUGGUACUACUGGUGCAGGUAUGGAUAAAAUUAUUUGGAGAUGUGCUUCUAAUGGAGUUUUCACCGUUAAGUCAGCUUAUAAUCUUUUCUUUGAUGAAGAGGAUUUGCCUGAUUCAUGCUGGGAUUUUAUUUGGAGAGUUAAUGUUCCACCGAAGCUAAAAGUUUUUCUUUGGUUGAUGAGUAAAGGGAGAUUGCUUUCUAAUGAGCAACGAGUUAGAAGACAAUUAACUUCUGAUUCUUCUUGUAUGACUUGUUGUGGACCAAUUGAAUCCAUUGCUCAUAUUUUUAAAGAUUGUUCCAGGGCUAUGUGUAUCUGGAAAAGUAUGGGAGUUCCAUGGCAACUGAGGAAUGCCCAGAAUCUUGAGUUUAAGGCUUGGUUGCUGGCAAAUCUGAAAGUAAGUUCAAAAGGGACCAAUGAGGGUGCUUGGUGUACUCUUUUCCUUUUUAUUUGUUGGCAUAUUUGGAAGUGGAGAAACAAGCAGAUUUUUGAUGUCAAUUUUGUCAUGCCUAUGUAUCCAAAAGCGAUCAUUGAGAGAGAUGUGGAUGAAUGGUUGAAGGCUUGUGUGAAGUAUUCUGUCAAACCUGUAAAGAGGCAAAUUUCUCUCUCUUGGGAUCAUCCUGAUGUAGGUUGGUGUAAGCUAAAUGUGGAUGGGUCUAGAAGGACAAAUUCUGGUCGAAUUGGGGCUGGUGGCGUUCUAAGAGAUCAUAAUGGCAACUGGUUAGGUGGCUUUGCUGUGAAUUUGGGACAAGGGCAGGUUUGUGAUGCUGAAUUAUGGAGUUUAUACUUUGGUUUACAGCUUGCUAUUGAUAAGGGUGCUACUGAGCUUCAUAUUGAGAUGGAUUCCAAGGCUGUUAUUAUGUUGUUGAAGCAAUCCCAAGUUGAUAAUUUCCAUCCUUUGGAGACAAUUAUGCAUAGCUGCAGAUUAAUGAUGAGACAAUUGAGGAGGUGUGAAUUGAAUCACGUUUAUAGAGAGAAGAAUAUUGUGGCGGAUCAGUUGGCUAAUUGGAGUUAUAACAUGGAUAUUGGUGUUCUUGUUUUUGAUGAGCCUCCUGUGUGGAUUAGAUCAGCUCUCAUUGAUGAUGCUGCUGGAGUCCCUCGGACUCGGUUUGCUGUUGGUUUGUAG